AACGUGUGCUGUGAUAUUUUGUUUGCUAGUUUGUUUUUUUAAUCGUAUUUGUUAGUUCAAGCUUAUAAAGGUUUUUACGUUAUAUUAGAAAAUAUGGCUUGGGGUCUUCCGAAACUUCCGGGUCUGACGUUCUCUGACCCUACUAAGACUCAGUACCAUAUAAGAAGUUCUUUGCGUUACUAUCAAGGACAUAGGUUCCCCGACACUCUUAUCCGGGGUCCUGGAGGCACUGCUACUGAUGUCGACAGCAACGCUUUUGCACUCCCUGACGAUUCAGUUAAUUAUGAUCCCUCCUUAACUUACGGGCGAGUGAAGCAGCCAGCCCUGCCCGCCGUGGUCCCCCAUUGGGUCCACUACGACAAACGUUGCCUUAACUUCACCGCCUUCUUCAAACAGCCAGUGUACGACAACCCUGACGAGAGCUUCCGAGUGCGAGUUGUAAACAUCGUGUACUUUCUCGAAGAUGAUACUCUCACCGUAAUGGAACCGCGAGUCAAGAAUUCCGGCUUGUGGCAAGGCAGAAUGGUGAAAAGAGGUAAAAUACCUAAAAACGACCUCGGCGAAUACUGGCAUUGGAAAGACUUGGAUGUUGGAAAAGAUAUUUGCAUAUAUGGGAAAGUAUUCCACACGGUGUCAUGCGAUCUUUUUACCAAGGAGUGGCUGGAGUCUCAAGGAGUUGAACUGUCAAAAGAAGAAGACUUGCCAAUAGAUGCGUACGCAGAAAAAGAGCGAUGGAAAGCGACUCAUCCACCGAGACGAACUAAAGGACACGACGACCCAUUGAGACGAUUCCUUGAAUACGACGGGAAAGUUCUCGCGUUUGACGUGGUAUGGGACGACAGAGAAUCUGAGAACGGUGAGUUGGCCAACUACAAGCUACUCUACUUCCUGCAGGAUGACACAAUUGCUAUAAAGGAGCUCCAUGAUGGGAAAGGCGGCAAAGAUCCCUUUCCUUUACUGCUAAAGAAAACAAAACUCCCAAAAAAAUGGAAGGAAAAGCCUGUGUCAUUUCCGUCUACGGUCUUGGAGGUGACAGAAGACGAGGUCACCGAAUAUUAUUCACCGAGAGAUCUCAUUGUGGGCGAAACUGUAUUCGUUUUUGGCCGUCGGUUUCUUCUCUGCAACUGCGACAAUUUCACUCGGAAAUAUUACAAAUGUAUGUUAAACAUCGAUCAGCCACCUCGGGUGGAAAUUCGUCAAAAAGAAAGAAAAGAAUUUGCAAAGUCUUUCCCGCCACACAUCGGUAUCGGCGCACCCGAAGAUACAUUGCAAUCCUGCUUCGGGCUUAUGCCUAAACCACCUCACAAAGAUGUCAUCAAGUACAACCUAAACGCGAAUAAGUAUCUUCGCUACUUGUGCGAAUUAGACUGGAUACAUCCAGAGGAUCAGGGGAGAAAGUUCGUCUUGUCGUACAGUCUGGCUGACGGAACAAUCAAGAUAGGUGAAAUACCUCGGAGAAACUCGGGCAUCAAGGAAGGAAAGUUCCUUAAAGCAAUGCUCUUGCAGACUCCAGAGUCUGACCCGAAUUUUCCAACCUACUUCACGCCUGAUCGAUUUUACAUUGGAGCCAUAGUGCCGGUAUUCAAGCACCGGUUCAAGAUAAUCGGGUGCGAUCUAUUCGUGUACCGAUACAUGAGCGCCAACCCUGAAAAGUUCCCUCAGGAAGUGAUCGAUAAUGUACGCAACUAUCACAUGCGGGAGGGCAACUUGAAGGACGAACUUGAGAUGGCCGUCCGUGAGGAACAAGCGGCAGAGACUCGCGCGCAGCUGGCGAAGAUCGGGCAAGCGGCGGUGGCCGAGCCGAGUGCUAUGGAGAGGUGUUUGACAGCGCUCGACGUAGUAGAAGGAAGCGCCUCGCCACCGCGUCCGGCCACCCCGCCUGCCACCACUGAUCGCAUCUCCUACGACGACACCCUGAGGGUCACACGGCAAAGUAAACCGACAUGCGAUGAGGUCUUGCCUCUAAAAGGCAUUCUCAAGUCCGGCUUGGCUCGGGACGAUCACCAGAAAGUGGUGUGUUUCACUGGACCGGCCGGCGACGAACACCGCGAGGCGAAGUCCAAGGCCGUGACAUACCCGCCCGGGCAGCAGCCACACUUCGUCGAAGAUGAAUAUUUCUGUGAAAGAUAUAAAGACCCGGAUGCAACAGAACGCGCGGAACGUCGUUCUCACGACAUCUGUCCAUACGAGGUCAUACCGAAGCAGGCGAUUGACACCGGUGUUGGCGCCGCAAAGACAGACAAGGAGCUCCCCGGCUACCUCGGCACCUACGGAGUGGAUUGCAAAGAAGUGCCAGACUUUAUGCGGCUAUCACCAGACGCGUACGAUCGCGUGAAGAAACUCCGUAGAGAUGUUCCCGAGAUUUCUCCGGCAGCUGCGCGCGUCGCCGACCAGCCUCGUGAGCCCAUACUGCCCGUGGAGGCCUGUCUCGAAGCCCCCGCCGAAGCCACCGAGCCCUGCGCCCCGCGUCAGGAAGAAGACGUGUCGUUCGCGUGCCCUCACCCCGAGCCACGCUUGCCGUGCUGCGAUCCGGACAGAAAGGAGUAAUGUGCUUACAUUAUUGACUAGAAAACUGUUUUUAAAGCAGAACUUUUUUGCGUGUGUCAAAUAUACAUUGGUAGAAAAA